CAACCCAACCAACGAACAAUAUGUCUCCCCCCGCUGCUAUGUACGAACCCGCUGUGGUCCCCACCGGCCUCAAGGGUAAGCUUGUGGUUCCUGAGACCGCUCCAGUUGAGGGAGGUUCUCAGACCAAGCUGUUCGACCAUUUCAGCGGCAAGUGGGACGACUUCAAGUUCGCGCCUAUCCGCGAAAGCCAGGUCUCCCGUGCUAUGACCAGGCGUUACUUUGCGGACCUGGAUAAGUACGCCGAGAGCGACAUUGUCAUUGUCGGUGCCGGUUCUUGCGGUCUGAGCACUGCGUACGUCCUGGCCAAGGCUCGUCCGGACUUGAAGAUUGCUAUUGUCGAGGCCAGCGUCUCACCCGGCGGUGGUGCCUGGUUGGGUGGCCAGCUUUUCUCUGCUAUGAUCAUGCGCCGUCCCGCAGAGGUCUUCUUGAACGAGCUGGGCGUCCCCUAUGAAGAAGACGAGAACCCAAACUACGUUGUUGUCAAGCACGCCUCCCUGUUCACCUCGACUCUCCUGUCGAAGGUGCUCUCCUUCCCCAAUGUCAAGCUUUUUAACGCCACCGCUGUUGAGGACUUGAUUACCCGUCCAGCCCCGAACGGCAACCCCAAGGAGACCCGUAUUGCCGGUGUUGUCGUCAACUGGACGCUGGUCACCCUUCACCACGACGACCAUUCCUGCAUGGAUCCCAACACCAUCAACGCCCCAAUCAUCAUCAGUACGACUGGCCAUGAUGGUCCAUUCGGCGCCUUCUGCGCGAAGAGAUUGGUGUCCAUGAACAGCGUUGACAAGCUAGGCGGCAUGCGUGGUUUAGAUAUGAAUGCGGCCGAGGAUGCUAUCGUCAAGAACACCCGUGAGGUCACGAAGGGUUUGAUCAUCGGCGGUAUGGAAUUGUCUGAAAUUGACGGCUUCAACCGCAUGGGCCCUACCUUUGGUGCCAUGGUUCUCAGUGGUGUCAAGGCUGCCGAGGAGGCAUUGAAGGUGUUCGACGAGCGUCAGCGCGAGUGUGCUGAGUGAUCUCUACACUGGUUGUUUGGGCUGAGUGUGGCUUGGAUUGCGUUCCGGUUUUGAACAACCGGAAAAUGACGUUUAUGUACUAGUUCUGCUGAAUGCUGAAUAAAAUCGUUGACU